AUGGAUGAGUGCGAAUAUACCCUGUGCUCAUCAAGCACUGAGCAGGGAGAAAUCCCAAUAAUACACGUAAAACGGUCAAAGAUCAAAGCAUCGCCGUUUCCAAGGACAAAGUCGCAGAUACAGUACAUGUACCUUCCAGGGACGUCGCUUUUUAUUGGCACAAACACUAUUCCAAGGCCAUGCGAUUAUCAAGUUGAUGUACUUACCACCAAGCUGAAGAAGAGGCUUAAGCAAGACUUUCCGUAUCCGUUUCUGUGCCUAUCCAUGAAGGAAGACAGGAUGUUUUUUGAGAAUGGACUCAACCAUGUUUGCAACAUCAACAAUGAUGAGCAGAUUUGCCCAAUCUUCAUCAAGGCCAUUAUGAAAAUUGUAGAUGUACGUAAUGCAAUCGAAAGGAGCAAAGAGCAAUUGGAAACACGAAUUCCACAUGUGAAAGAUAAGCAAAACGACGGAUAUGCCAAAAUAUGCCAGAAAUUCAUGCAUGGCCAUCUAUUGCAUGAUGUGCAAAAAAAGCAAAAGAACAUCAUAAUCCGAGACUCUAUGCUGUGCAAUAUGCGCAACAAGGAUGCGUACAUUCGGUUUACUGUAAAAAGCAUAGAUAACUGCACAUACAUUGUUUUUGAUGAGAUUUACACAAGAGAAGUAAGGUAUUAUGAGUAUCUAAAGAUGUAUGGGCAGGAGGUUGUUAGGUCUUUAGGCUCUUCCGAAACUAGAAUAUACACUAUUGAUGAAGGUACAAUUGCAGUGUAUUCCUCAACAUUAUUUGAAAACUCACAGGGAGUGCAGAGACUAUUCAGUGGAAUAGAUGCCAAGAAGACUGUUGAGGUGGUGACAAAUAAGGAUGAUGUAAAACUGAUGCCAUGCUCCGAUACAUUGAAAAAUGAAGCCAGCAUGCUUCUUGGAAUUGCACUUGAUGAGGGGGUAUAUGUUUUCAACAACAGAGAUGUGUAUGAAAUAAACACAAACGGAAAGAAACACAGAUUUAGUGGGGUUGUGUUUACAGAUUUCAUCGCAGGCACGGAGAUACUCACUGAAUGA